CACGUGGGCGGUUUCUAACGGCCCCAUACCCACUGAGGUCUUCGCUGGGCUCGCAGAGGGUCGCGGAAGAGGUGGAAGCGUUUAGGUUUGCAGGGAACUCUCCCAACGAGGGGGACAGUCACGGUCCAAGGACAAAGUCUGGGGAAGUUUCGUUGGUGCUGGACAUUUGAAAAUGAACAUUUGGACUGCUCUCCUUGCCUUUGCUUUUUGUGAAUUUCUCCAACAGAUGGAAGCAUCUCCUCUCAGCUGCAUUCCCAGAAAAACCAUAAAGUAUCAAAAUGAUAGCAAAGAAUUUGGAAAAUCAGGAUUCUCCAAUUUUUCAACACUCUUAGUGAAUAAAGAAACUGACACCUUAUUUAUCGGCGCCAGGGAAGCUGUCUUUGCUGUUGACUUGAAUGACAUCACUAGAGAAAUGGACAGUGUGUAUUGGUUUGCCAGUGAAGGUAGGCGGCUGGAGUGCAUCCAUAGAGGGAAAAACACAAUACAAUGUCGAAAUUAUAUCCUCCUCCUCCACAAGAUAAAUAACACAACUUUGUAUGUUUGUGGGACUAAUGCAUUUCACCCAGCUUGUGAUUCCAUGGUUAUCAACAAUACAGAAAUGCAUCUAGAGGGCAGAGACAAGGAGAGCAGAGGGAAAUGUCCAUUUGAUCCUACCCUCAAGUAUAGCUCCGUGUUCGUUGAUGGUGCACUUUACUCAGCUACCUAUAACAACUUUUUGGGUACUGAGCCUGUUAUAUUUCGAGGUCUGGAAAAUCAUUUAAGGACAGAAUUCAAAACAUCUUGGUUGAAUGAACCCAGAUUUGUUCAUAUGGAUUUCAUACAAGAGAGCAGGGGAAAUACUGAUGGAGAUGAUGACAAAAUUUAUGUAUUCUUCACCGAAACAGCUAUUGAAUUUGAAUUCUAUGAGAAGCCUCUAGUUUCCAGAAUUGCUCGAGUCUGCAAAGGUGACCUUGGUGGGAAACGACUAUUACAGAAGAGAUGGACAUCAUUUUUAAAAGCCAGCCUCAUCUGUUCUCUUCCAGAAUCAGAUUUCCACUUUAACAUUGUUCAGGAUGUCUUUUUACUUAAGACAGGGGACUGGAGAGAAACAGUCUUUUAUGGGAUUUUUAUGCAGCAAUGGGGGAAGUUGGAUACCACCGCAGUUUGUGCUUAUAGUAUGAAAACAGUUCAAGAUGUUUUCUCCAAAGGAAAAUACAAAGGACUUAUAACCAUGGAAAAUUCUCAUGUUAAGUGGGUGAUGUACAGAGGAGAAGUUCCUGUCCCUCGACCUGGUGCUUGUAUUAAUAAUUUUGCUCGGAGCAUUGGAUUUAACACUUCUCUUGAUUUGCCUGAUAAAACCUUACAGUUUGUGAGAGACCACCCAUUAUUGCACAAUGCCCUUCAUCCAAUUGGGGGUGUGCCUGUGUUACUGAAAAGAGGCUCAGUUUAUACUAAGAUUGUAGUAGACAGAAGAAUUGGUCUCGAUCAAAGAAGCUAUGAUGUUUUAUUCCUAGCCACAGACAAUGGCUAUUUGCACAAAGCUUUCAAUUGUGAUGGGGACAUGUUCAUUGUGGAGGAGUUGCAACUGUUCCAGACACCAGAAUCUGUGCAAUCUCUCAAAUUAUCUGCAGAAAAAGGCAUGCUGUAUUUAGCAUCAUCUAGUCGGGUGGUUCAGGUCCCCGUGGCUGUGUGCAGCCGACACCAGCACUGUCUGGAUUGCAUCUUGGCUCGAGACCCGUACUGUGCUUGGUCCCAGAACCAGAGCCAGUGUGUUUCUGCAAUGGACUAUACUAACCACUCUGAGGUUUUAAUUCAGAAUAUUAAAAGUGGAGAUAUUUCAGAAUGUCCUGAAGUGGACAGGCCCAUUCAAAAUGUCAUCGUGGCCGCCGGGCAGAGCAGCCAGCUGAGGUGCUUCCCUGCGUCCAACCUGGCCUCCACCCUGUGGCUCUUCAACGGGAAGCGCCUCCAGGCGGAAGAAACAAAGUAUCUUCUCUAUCGCCAAGGACUGCUGGUGUUUAAUAUAACGGAGGCGGAUUCCGGACGCUACGACUGCCAGUCAGUGGAAAGAGUCGGUGGGAGAGAGCUGUUCACCACUGUGGAAAGCUACGUCCUUAACCUUUGGUCCGAGAGCCUGGUGAGCUUAGUGAAAGGCGGCUCAGAGUGGCCACAAGCCGAGACGGCCCCUCCGAGCUUUAAGUCCGAUUCCAGAAAAUACAGGGACCCUGCCCACUGGGGAGCCCAGAACGAGAAGAUCCUCUCCAAGAUAUUCAUCUCGUUGUUCGCCUUUCUCUUUUUCUCCUUGUUGUCUUGGAAUUUUGUCAAAGGGCUCGUGUGUCUGCGCUCUACGGUCCAAGAAAAAGCCGCAAAUACAAUAAAAUUAGAUAGCUUGGGAGAGCCUCCCUCAGAAGCCGAGGAGUCGAGCCCUCGGAAGCAGGCGACCUUAGCUGUCAACAGCUCCUCCUCUCUGAUGCCCCUUGUCCUCCCUUCCUCGGAGGGGGACUCUAGGAACGCCAGUGCCUGCAACAGUGCGGCCCGGGUGCAGUGAGUGAGCGGGAGGGAGGGAGAUGAGGGGGCCUGGUCCCCCCAGGGCGGAGCCGGGCAAGGAGGCCCUGCUCCUCCACAAGGCACUAGCAAGCCGGGACUCAUUUUCUGGCACACAGCCUGAUCUUUAAAACAUCUUCAGAUUUGCAAAAAAUAAAAAGAGAGACAGAAAUGAGAGAGAAAGAGAAUUAAAAAUGUUUUUCAGAGUUGGCUCCCAAUCUCUCUUUUCUAUAAUUAUGUCACGGAGUGUGGUUCAUUGGGGAAAUGACUGGACCUUGGAGUCUAGAGGGGUCUGGGUGCUAAUGCUGCCUCUAGCAUUUAAUGGGACACUGUACUCCCAGAGACACAGCUUUCCCCCUUUUAAAAAUAUGGAGGACAACAUUUGCAAGACUUCCUGAGAGUAUUGCUAUGAGGCAAGUAUUCUGUGAGUCUUCAGGUGGUAGAGAAGUGACCCGUGGGGAGGGUCUGUAUCUCAGAACUCCGGAACCACCAGGGGCCUUUCCCGAAUUCUGUGGCUAUAAAACAGAGGUUUUCACUGGCCUUCUCCAGAGAAGGCCUAGGACUGGUGGCUUGCCUUAGCUCAGCCUCGAAAAGGGUUAAAAAAUGCUCUGUUCUGUUUCCUGUACACAUAGUUCACAUUCUCCCAUUUUUGAGCCGCCUGGGAAGCAGAUGUUUCCUAGUCUGUUCAGUGCCUGGGAUUUUGAUUGGGGAAAAAAAAGCGGGGCUGGCUGCCAGGUCCCCAGACUUCUUGAAAGAAAGAAAGACAAAAGGAAAAGACAAGAGGAAAAAGGGCAACUUUCAAUAUAACUUUGCACUCGGCCAUUAUAAACAGAUUUCUUGCAUUGGAGGGAAAUCAUGCUUCUUUCUUCGUUUCUGAGUCACCCAGAUCAUCCUCUUAGAACACUGGUGUACCACAAGCCAGGGCUCUUGUGUACCAUAACAAAGGCUGCCAAAAUGGGAGCCCACUGACAAAACUUAUUAAAAACAGCCAUCGCUGCGCUCAGUUCCUUCCCCUUUUCCCUCCUGUUCACUGUUCCCCAGCUGUUCAUUAACACAUCCACAAAAGAGGAGUGGGAGAGGAAAAGGGCAGAGAGGGAGGGAGCCCUGGCUCUUCCUCCUCAGCCUCACCACACAAAUGGAAAGUUUUGUGCAAACUGGAGAGAUGGGAACAUGGGAGCUAUCCAACCAGGUGACCUUAAACAGCACCACCAGACAAUCUACAAUUGCAGGGAUUCCUCCAGAAACGUCGGGGCAGUGGCCAAAGGGAUCGACUCAAAGCCACAGCA